AUGGCAGAGGAAGUGGGGAUUGGUGUGGAAGAGUUUGAUUCAGUUAAGGAGAUCGGAGUUUCCACCAUAUUGAAGAUGAAGGUGGAUCAGGAGGAUUUUUAUUGGAAAGUUAACAGAACGACCAGCCAAGACUUACUUGACGACUCGGACAGGCUCGUAUCUUUUGGAGUUCUUCCUGAGGAAAGCCAGGACGCGAGAAAGCUCGUGACAACUGCGAACUUGCGGAAGUACAGUUUCAUCAAUAGCAAAGCGUCUUUAGAGCCCCUAGAAGAAACCAUGCCCUCGAAGGAGUCCGAGCAGCCUCGUCCAGCACCGUUCGUCUUUCCUCGAUCGAGGAGGGAGAGAGCGGCCGAAGAUGCUCGUCCCAUUCCUACACAACCGAUGCGAGCUGCCGCACCUUCACAGCCCCCUGUGCAUGAAGCGACCAGGGCAGAACAAGUCGCUCAGGCACCACCGGCGCGCCCAAGGCGUAAGGCUCCAGCCCAAAGGUCGAAGAAGAGGAAACAGGUUCAGGCCGAAGAGUCUGAGACCGAAUCCGAGGAGGGGCCCUUGAGGUCGCGAAGGGAUUCAAGGAGGUCGCGCAAGGAACCCGCAAGUGAGGCGAUCAUCGCCGACAAGGCUCUACUUGCGAUGAGGAUGUCUAUGGAGAGGACUCGGCUAGGAGCCGCGAAGGGGUCUAGCGACCUACAGGCGGAGGUCGCGAAGCUCAAGAAAAGCCUGGAGUCCGUCGAAGCUAAAAGAACACAAGCAUUCGAUGCGGCGAACAGGUAUCUGAGCCAAAAGGAUGUUGCUUUACGAACGGUGGACUUCCAAAAGGCAGAGCUUGAGCGACGUGCGGAGGAUGUGAAGGAACUCCAAAGGACAACCGCCAGGCUCUCCAAAGUGGUCGGGGAGAAGGACCAGGAGAUCCAGACGACCUCCAUAUGGGCCCAGCGAGUUGAACGGGAAAGAGAGGCCUCCAAACAGUAG